AUGACUGAUGUAGAGAAACAAAAUGAUGAUGAACCAGUAGUAGAAGAACAAUAUCAAACAACAGAUGAUAAUAUAUCAUCAUUGAUCGAACAAAUAUAUGAACAACUAAUUCGUAUGCGUCAAGAUGACCUUGAAUUGACAGAACAAUUAACAUCUCUUUACGAUGAUCUAUGCAAUCUUCGACAAAUACUUACAAAUCCUCAAAUAAACUCCAAUAGAGACAUUACAGAUAUACCAAUUCAUAUCGAUUCUUCAAAAUCAACUUCUUUUUAUUCAAAACAACGUUCAGACAGUGAACCAAAUAUUUUAACUGAUCGUUUACGCCUAAUUACAAUAAUAGAUGACUUACAAUAA